AUGCUGCCGCCGCCUCUCGCCAAAGCUCUCGGAGUGGGAGGAGAGCCCAAGGAGUAUCUCCAGAUCGAGAAGCUCAACGAGAAGCUCACUUCCUUCGAGUACUCGCUGCGAAAGGCGUCUGUGUCUCCCGCUUCCGCCACACGCGAGCGCGCGCGCCAGUCGCUGGCGCGGCAGUUCGGGUCCGAGUUCGCCGCCUUCGGGCUGGACGCGGCGACUGUGGAGCGCGUGCUCGAGGCGACCAAGGCAUACCGCAAAAAGGAGGAGCGGCUGACCUCCCAGAUCGAGAAGAAGCUGAUGGCGGUGCGCGCAGACAAGCUGCUCGCAAAGGGGGGCGGGAAGGGCGGCGGCAGCAAGCACGCGGAGGGCGAGGCGUCGGCCGAGGGGGAGGAGCAGGGCGGCGGCUUCCUCUCGGGCGGCGCCCAGGUAUUCGCACGCAUGGGAGGCGCGAUGGGCAGCAGCGCCGCGAUGAAGGAGGUCUCGAGGCUGCAGCAGCAGCAGAUCGAGCUCGAGCUCUCCUUCCUGGCGAGGCUGUCCGAGAUCGUGUCCAAGGACCAGGCCGCCGCCCUCGCGAGCGUGCUCCAGCCCUCCUCUUCCCGCGCGAAGGGCGUCGCCGGCGGGCAGGGCGGCGGCGCGGUGUCUGCGGCGGCGGCAGGCGAGUCGCUCGGCGGCCGCCUCGACGCGCUCAACGCGCUGGUCGACGCGGCGACCGAGGCGGCGAGCAAGUCGAAGCACGUCUACGUGCUCAAGUUCUUUGGCGACGUGACCGCCUCGCAGGUGGCGCAGCUCCGGCAGGAGAUCACGGCGGUGCUGACGAGCGCGGAGGCUGAGGAGCGGGCGGACGAGGUUGUUCUCGUGCUCAACACGGGCGGCGGCACCGUCACAGGCUACGGCCUCGCCGCGUCGCAGCUGCUUCGCCUCAAGGAGGCGGGGCUGCCCCUCACCAUCUGCGUCGAGCAGGUCGCCGCCUCUGGCGGCUACAUGAUGGCGUGCGUCGCGGACCGGCUCGUCGCGUCGCCCUUCGCGGUGCUCGGCUCGAUCGGCGUCAUCACGGAGCAGCCGAACGUGUACGAGCGGCUGAAGCGCGAGGGGAUCUCCUUCUCGACCAUCACCGCGGGCAAGUACAAGCGCACCCUCACCCCGACCAAGAAGGUGCUCAAGCUAUUCAAGGGCUUCGUCGCGCAGAACCGGCCCUCGCUCGACAUCGACAAGAUCGCGACCGGCGAGACGUGGCGUGAACAGGUGGACAAGCUCGCGACGGUGGACGAGGUGCUGCUCGACUACGUCGACAAGGGUGCGCAGGUCUUCGGCCUCAAGUACACCGAGAAGCCGCCCUCGCCGCUCGCGGCGCUCGGGAUCGGAGGCAGCGCCGGCGAGGCGGCCCCGCUCGCGCAGCUCGCGCUGUCGUGGCUCCUCGCUCGCGGCCGCGACGGCGGCGGCGAGGGCGCGGCGCUGCUCGAGGCGCUCCGCAAGGGGUCGGCGUCGGGAGACGCGCUGGGCGCGGCGCGGCUCCAGUCCACGGAGCCGCCGUUCCUCGCGGCGCGUCCGCGCGACGCCGCUGAGCCGAUGGUGCGGUGGGGCGAUGCAGAGGGAAGCGAGAGCGACUCGUGGCACAUGUAAUUUGUGCUUGUGAGGUUUGCUCCUCUGAGCUCUGUUUCAUCUCAGCAGUAAAGAAAAGGAGAGGAAUA